UAAAGAGACACUCAAAGGGUUGGUAUGUUGUUCCGACAAUAGAAAUGUGUCUAAACCGGUCUAACCUGGUUUUUCACACAGCUCACCACUCAAGUCUUAAACUAAAAUAGAUUUCAACCAGGCUAAAGGUGCUGCUGCCUGUUUCAUAUCCGAGGUCUAGAGGCCUGGAUAAGAAAAUUAAAACCAUGUCCUUCAGGAAAAACAAGCAGAGUGACGGUGAUUAUUUAACCCCGUAAAGCUCACUACAUCAAAGAAUUGACAACAUUUUCUUUUUUUAAACCUUUUCAUGAAAUCUACAAAAACUUUUUGUAGCAUCAUUUUUUAAUGAGAUAUAGAUAGUAUCAAUUAUGAUACAUUGGGAGACUUAAUCAGUUUUUGCUCUCAAAAAUGCCAGUUUAAGAAAGAAAAACAAUCUAUAUACCCUCUGUCUUAUAUCUGAUCCACACAUUUUUAACAUGGUGUAACUGUAUUAUAUUUAAUUAAAUAUCAACAAAUGUUGCAUUCUCUCAGUACAGCAAGAACUAUUAACAAUAAUUAAGUAAUAUGAACAAUAGAUGAGCUAUUCUCCCUGUGAACUUAUGAAAAAAGUGUUUUUGAGAUUUCCUGGAAGAAGCCAUUUUGAAAUGACCAAGAAAUGUUCUUUUACUGCCUCCAGUAAAGGAGUGUUUAACCUGAGGCUCUGGAGCCACAUGCAAAUGAUUUGAGAAAAAACAGGUUUGUAGUUUAGGUGAAUUAGGUUUGGUUAGCACCAAAGUCGCAUUAAUAAAAAUGUCCUGCAUUUUAUUUCAAUUAAAUCUGCUGCAACAGGAGAAUUUUAUUUUGGCGCUGAGUGUAUAUAAUUUGAAAGGAACUUGUAUGAGCUUCUGCGAAAAGUAAAAUAAACGUGUAAUAUAUAGAGAGAUAGGAAAAUAACAGUGAUGAUUUCAAAUUAUUUGAAGUAUUUAAAGCUACAGACUUUGCUGCUUUCGCUGGGUUUUGGUCAAGGAGAAACUGCCCCAAAUGGCUCAUUUAGCAUUAAAAUUUGCAGACCCCUGGUCUUGUGGAAUUUAUAAUCCACUACAGGGCAGAAAACAUGGACUAAUUAACAUACAAUGUUUUUUUUAAGGACAGUUUUGAUGAUGCUAAUGAGACAGGGGUGUCAGAAAUGUGAUUCAAAUGAUCGUAAAGGGUUAACAUGAGGUAAACAAAAAAAUAUUUGAUUAAAAACAAAAAACAGAAAUUCACAAAUCAUUCCCAAAUAACUAACAGGAUCACCUCCAAUAAAAAGACUUCAAAAAGUUAGAAGGGGGCUCUGCAUGAAACUGAGGAAACAAACAUUCAAACCAACUUGAUAAAAGAAAUGUGAAAAUGUUUUAUAAAUGCAUUGUUUCUUUAAAGAAAAGGGAUUAAUUGCAAAUUUCGCAAUACGUUUACUUGGCCUAUUUUGGUCUUCCCAAAGUUUCUCUGUAAGCGCAACAUUCUUGAAUGUAAGUCAACACCACUGAACAAACAAAGCGACAAGUUACAGAAGCUCUGGUAGCUGGUGCCCAAAGGAAAAAACAAGCCCUGAAGACAAAAUUUCCUAGCAACCGCAAUAGAGUUCCCACCCCCUCUGCUUUGACUAUUAUCCUCAGGGAAAAGCCUGUUCAGCAGAAGGUGGACAUCAUCCUGCUCCUCCUCCAGCUCCAUGUAAAGCUUCUCCAUAGGUUAAAACAGUUUGCUCUUGAAAUAGUCACACAGCGUCUGCCCUUAUUAUGAGCUUAGAUGUGUGACAGGAGGCAAGAUGGCCAACUCAACAAUGGAGAUUGUGGCUAUCGUAGCAACCUUGGUUGGGUUGAUCGGGGCCGCGGCAAGCACCGGGAUGCCUAUGUGGAGGGUAACAGCCUUCAUCGGAGAGAACAUCAUUGUGAUGGAAACACGCUGGGAGGGAUUGUGGAUGAAUUGUUUCCGGCAGGCCAACAUCAGGAUGCAGUGCAAGGUGUAUGACUCUCUCCUGGCCCUUCCACCGGACCUGCAGGCAGCCAGAGGACUGAUGUGCUGUGCUCUCGCCCUGUGUGGGAUUGGUAUCCUGAUCAGUGUGGUUGGGAUGCAGUGCACAUCAUGCAUCGUGAACAAUGACAGAGCAAAGCGACUAGUCCUCAUAAUCGCAGGAAGCCUGAUAUUAUCGUCUUGCAUCUGUGUCCUCAUUCCUGUUUCUUGGACCGGCAAUGUCAUCAUCAGGGAUUUCUACAACCCUUUGCUUCUUGACGCCCAGCGCAGGGAGCUUGGAGAAGCUCUCUACAUCGGCUGGGUGGCCUCUGCUUUCUUAUUCGCUGGGGGAUGCAUCUUCAUCUGUUGUAACAUACAAUCUGAUGAGAAAGAGUCGCAGAGGUACCUGUACCCCAGGAACACAGACUACAGGUCUUACACUCCACAGCCACUGAUGCCUCUACAGCCUCUACAGCCUCAGCAGCUGGUGAUGAUCCCUCAACCACGAUCUCAGCCAAUGCUGUCAAGACAACCAUCAACCAUCUACAGCUACGAUUCAAGAUACCCCUCUGUACGCAGUGGAAUUGCUUAUCUCUGAUCGUUCAUGGUAUCCUUUUGUAUAAAUUCUUCUCACGGUAAUGUUUUUUAUGCUUCUUCAAAAUGUAUCAAGGAGAACAUGUCAUAUAAAAACAUUUUUUUAAAGUGGAUUGCAUAAAAAUUGCACUUUAACAUGCAACCUUUGAAAACUACAUUGCUAAAGAAGCGACAAUUACAGCAUAUUAAUCUCAAUCUGUAAAUAUGACGUUAACUGUGUACUUUUGUGAAUAAUUUCUUUUAAUUUGCAGGCUUUUCCUCUUUGUUUUCCGUAAAGUGAAUUAAGAAAUGCAAAUGUUAAUGCAAAUUUGAACAGCUCACUGUGAAACAAGUAAAGUUUUGUUUUGUACUUUUACACAUUAACUUGAUAAGACAGAUAUGUGUUUUUAUUAAAGUAAAUUCAUGAUUUUAUUGCAUAUACAUGUCGUCUCUUCAUCAGUCGCCUUAGUUUUGUUAAUAGAGUUUUAGAAUUAAUUUGUUUUUGAAAGGUUUUUGGUUUUUCUCUUUAUGUCUGUUAUCGUAUAUCCUGGGGCAGUUAACCUGAAAUGUGACACUGCUUGUUAAGGGUGUGGACUCGCAGGUGAUUCAGCCAAAGACGUCAGCGCUUCUCAAAAGGCUUUACACAAUCUGACCCGAUGAUCAUGUGAUCAAAAUUUGCAAGUUGCUUUAAAUAGACACAGAGUGAGCUUGAAAACAUUUCGGCAACUUCACAGGUUGAGUGAAUAAACAUUUUGUUGUGAGUGUAGAGAGACUUUCAUUCCACUUGUACCAUUUAGAAAAAAAAAACCCUGAUGUAUUGAUCAAGAUAAAAGCUGUUUUUUUUCUUUUUGGAAACAUUUAGUCAUGUAAUGAAGAUGUAAAUCAAACUGUGACGCACAUGGGUUAAAAGCAUUUGGAUUGUACAAGAAAAUGUAGGACUGACUGGUGUGACUUCCUGAUUGUCUCAGAGGUCAUCUGUGCCCCCUUGUGGCUAAAACAAGAAUUGCAGGAGCCUUGCUAUUCUUUGCCUUUGUAACAAAUAGAAAUAAAAAAAUAAAUAAAGAGGAACUGAAUUUA